GAGGCUCUUUCUUCUAAGGCCGGGAAAACCGAGGGAUACACAUGCGCAGUUGGACGCCUCUGGCCCUUGGUGCCGCUUCCCAAGCAUCUCCCCGCCCCGACCUCUGGGCGGGGCUGGGCCAAGAGUCCAGCUGCUGUUCGCCGGAGAUUCAGUGACUUCCUUGUUGUGAGCCCUGGCCCGGCAGUGUUCCAACUUGUGUCCCCGCUGUUAUUCGGGCCGCUAGCCUGAGUCUAGGUCGCAGCCGCAACCCCGUCGGUCACCUUUUCAGCGCAGUUCUUUUCCCCGCACGCCCUGCGCUCCCUAACAUGCCCAACCCCGGCAGCACCUUCUCUCCUUACCCCCUCCCUGAGGAAAUUAGGAACCUGUUGGCAGAUGUUGAAACAUUUGUAGCAGACAUACUGAAAGGAGAAAAUUUAUCCAAGAAAGCAAAGGAAAAGAGAGAAUCCCUUAUUAAGAAGAUAAAAGAUGUUAAUUCUAUCUAUCUUCAGGAAUUUCAAGACAAAGGUGAUACAGAAGAUGGGGACGAAUAUGAUGACCCUUUUGCUGGGCCUCCAGACACUAUUUCAUUAGCUUCAGAACGAUAUGAUAAAGAUGAUGAAGCCCCCUCUGAUGGAGCCCAAUUUCCUCCAAUUGCAGCACAGGACCUUCCUCUUGUUCUAAAGGCUGGCUAUCUUGAAAAACGCAGAAAAGAUCACAGCUUUCUGGGAUUUGAAUGGCAGAAACGGUGGUGUGCUCUCAGUAAAACGGUAUUCUAUUAUUAUGGAAGUGAUAAAGACAAACAACAGAAAGGUGAAUUCGCAAUAGAUGGCUACAGUGUCAGAAUGAAUAACACUCUAAGAAAGGAUGGGAAGAAAGAUUGCUGUUUUGAAAUCUCUGCUCCUGAUAAACGUAUAUAUCAGUUUACAGCCGCUUCUCCGAAAGAUGCUGAGGAAUGGGUACAGCAGCUGAAAUUUGUAUUGCAAGAUAUGGAAUCUGAUAUUAUUCCUGAGGAUUAUGAUGAGAGAGGAGACUUAUAUGAUGAUGUUGAUCAUCCUCUACCAAUAAACAAUCCACCAACAAGCAGUCAACCAAUAGAUGAGGAAAUUUAUGAAGAACUUCCAGAAGAAGAAGAAGACAGCAGUGCUCCUGUGAAAGUGGAAGAACAAAGGAAGAUGAGUCAGGACAGUGUUCAUCACACCUCAGGGGAUAAAAGCACUGAUUAUGCUAAUUUUUACCAGGGUUUGUGGGAUUGCACUGGAGCUUUUUCUGAUGAGUUGUCAUUUAAGCGUGGUGAUGUGAUUUACAUUCUUAGCAAGGCAUACAACAAAUGCUUGCUGACCACUGAUGAUGCCACCAUUUCUAGAAAAUAAUCUGAAGCAUGUGAAAAGAAUCAUCCAAUAAUUGACAAUUGGAUAACUGAUUUUGGCUGAUUUAGUCAGUAAAGCAUACCGUGGUGAUCAUAUCAAAUCCAAAACAGCUACAAUGGAGACUAAACUUUUAUGCAGGAACACCUGACCUUCCAGUCCAGAUGAAAAUAGGAAGUCAAUCAAAGCAGCAGAGUCCAGAGGGGACACCAGGCCAAAGUGACCCUUUUCUGAGGACCUUUUCCCAUCCUCUCUACCUCCUCCACUGUGAAGCCCAGUACUAACCAGCCAGGGGAGCCUUGACGAGGACUAUAAAUCCAGCUGCUUCUGUCUCAAAUAGUUGUUUUUUAGGGGAUGGGUUUUAAUGGAUAGAUUUUUUUUUUAAAUGUUUUAAAGGACUAUUAACAGACUAUACAGUCAAUAAACUUCUUUGUCAAAUGUGUAUAAUUUUGUGACUGAGUGAUGGCAAUGUCUGACAUGACUUUUACUUGUUGAGAUAUGAAUUUAAGAAGAAUUUUUAAUUGGAAUAUCUGAUACAUAAGUAAAAGGUCUUAUUCCUUGGACACUCAAGUAGUACCUUGUACUGGGCCUCAUAAAGCCUUUUGUUGUGUUUUUUGAAGAAAUCCUUUUAAAAUAUUUUUGUACUUCAGUGAUUGGAAGCUGAGGGGUGGGGAGAGUGAAAAGAUUAAGAGAUAAAUAAGGACUAACAUUGGCUCUGGAAUUUAACCAGACAGGUGGUAAAAUUGAGCCCUCUCGUAGUGUAACAGCCCAAGAGAAAGGGCUUUUCCAAGGAGCCUGAGUCAUAAGAGCCACAAGCUGUUUGAAUUUUUACCGCUCUACAGAGUUCAUAAUGUCAGGUGUGCCCUCUGCUUUCUGGGAACCCAGCAAAAACAAGGUGUGUAACUGUGUGUUUAUCCUGUUAUAAGCAUCCUGAAUUGAAAACUGAAAUGUAGCAAUCUUGUUAGUGUGUGUUAUCUCCCUGUUGCUUUGCUCCAGUUGGUCAGCAUAUUUGUUUUAUUCUUUAUUAUCAUCUCAGGGCUUGCCGUUUUUCUUCCUAAUUAAGUGAUUCCAUUUUGAAUAAAUUACGUUUAAGUGCCAUCCUGUGCAAGGGAUAUUUCAAACAUAGAAUUUGACGUAGUCUUCCCCAAGUAGAUUCAUGGUCUAAAUAAGACAGACAGGAUGUAAACACAGGGAAGGAUAAGGACAGCCCCGCAUAACCUUACCUUGGUACAGUUUUAGCAGGUUAAGCCACUAGCAGUGUCCUAAGACAUAAAAGGUUCUCUGAUUUUGUGACAUCUGAACCCUAGGGAUUAUCUGGGAAACAAACUGGGAAUCUUUUCUCAUGUAUAUAUUUUUUAAAUAAACAGGGGGAGGGAAUGCAAGGGUUUCAGUACUGUUUCAGAUGAGAUAUUUAUUUUUUGUAAAAAUUCCAAAUGCUUGUAGCUAUUGAAUUAAGUGUGAGGGGAUGCAAAGAGCUGUGUAUAUGAAUAAUGUGAACAUCUUUUACAGAGUUGCUACCAGUUAUGGUAACAUAACUCUGGAAGCUGAGAGUGACCUCUACCCCUUUAGGAAUAAGGACUCUUCCCCUUAAGUUGGGGACAGAGUUGUAACCAGCAGUAUUCUCCUGAAGGUGGGCAGUAGUAAGAACACUGGAACUGGAGUCAACCAAAAUUCUAGUUUCACUCUCUAGUGCCUUGUGCCCUAGAAUAGGUUUCCUUGUCUGAAGAAUACCAGUGGUGCCUGUACUCCCUGCUUCACAGGAUUGUGGUUAGGCUCAAGUGAAAUUACUUUUAGAAGUGACCUGGAAUAUCAACAAUAGUGUCAAAGAUGGCUUUCCUGCAUUUAAAGAUAUGAGAACUGAAAUGAAACAAUGAUCGAAUAAUUUCUCCUUCACACCAAAAGCAAGCAAGGGAAAAAAUUUUUAAUACUCAGCAUUGGCUGUAAUACUACUUGAAAUAAUAUUAGCUCUUGGUAUUAUUAUUUUAUAAUGAAAAUUGACGUAAAUUAUCCUAGAGGAGUUUGGGAUUCGAUUCUUCUUUAAUUUUCAACGCAUUUUAAACCAAGUCACUGGCUUCCAAGUUAUGGUCAAUUUCUGUUAAUGGUAAUUUUAAUCACAGAGAUGUUACUUCUGUCUAUAGUUUCUAAAUAAACUUUUCUCAUCAUAUUUAAAACCACCAAUCUGCUUUAGGUAUAUGUUGUUUGUAGUUGGUUGAAUUUAGCAAAGAAUUAAUUUUUUUAAACUGACAUCCUAAGGAAAAUUUUUGUGCUGACUUCCUUUGCCCAUUAUCUAAUUCUUUUAUGAACUGUUUCUUCCAGAUGGGUAUCUAUGAAUGUCUGAGUGUGAAUACACACUUUCUAAACAUUUUAUUCAGAUGUGUAUCUAGGAGUGACACAAUUUUAUUUUCUCUAAUUAGCCUUGUAAUAUAGCACUAAUCUUGGUUUGUAGUUUGUGAAAAUAUGGGGCUAGAAAUAAGGGCAAACCAGAACCUCAUUACAUGUAACCUUAAUGCUUUAAUGUUAUAACUUUAGGCAAAGCUAAUAAAAGAUGCAAAGGACUCUUAAAUAAUUUAAAUUAUCUAAAAAAUUGAGCAUAUUCCUUCAAAUAAUAAUGGCUUUCAUGAUCUGAAUUUUUAAAAAUUCAUUUCUCAUGUCUUGAAUUACUCAGAAGAUAUCAAAGUAAGUUUGAGUUUAUUUAAGAUUAUUAAAUAUAUUUAUUAUCAUGGAGAGUCACUGAAGAUUCCAUUUUCUAGCCUAGCAAUUGUAAUCUUUAGUGUGAUGUAGUACAUAAUUCUGAUAACAUAUCUGAUGAUGUCAUGAUUGCAUAAAGUUAAUUCAUAGCACUUCUCUUUAAAAUGGUGCUUUGUGAUAUGAUUCCUUGAUUAUUUUGAACCAUUAAUUCUAUCAGCUUGAAAAAUAGAUAUAUUAUGUACCUGUUAUUACUGCUUUCUAAAAUCAAAGCUUCUCUUAUUAUCUUAACCUUACCAAUUUAAACUAGGAAACUAUUACUUUUAUAAUGUAUUUAUAUUAUCAUUACAUACUCUUUGAUAAAGGAAAACAGUGGGACUAUCCUAAAUUGUGGCAACUGUGUUAAAGAUAAGUCAUUUUCUAAACUUUUCCCAAAUGAUUAUAGUAGAGAAUUUCAAGUUAUAAGCAUACUAUCCUUUGCUUCUCCCAAAGCUGUGGUUUAUAGCAAUAAAUACGCUAUAUUGAUUACUGCUUAAUUCUAAUGGACGUACUGAGGCUGGAAACAUUAUAGCUUAGCAUUUAAUGCCUUAAUUUUUAAAGUUUAAAAAUUUUAAAAACUGAUGUAAUUGCCUGAGUGUUCUGUUAUUGGACCCAUUUCAUGCUAUAAGAUUAUUCUCAUAUCUUUCCUAAAGAUUAUUUUGUUCACAAUGUAUUUUUUCUGACACUUCAUUGCUAUUUUUGCAUAACUGAAAAUCUGUCAUUUUCAUUUUAGCUCAGUUUGGAAACAUGAAAACCGUAUCAGAGCAACAUAUUAAGAUUAGUAUAGAAACACACAAAAAAAUGAAAGUCAGCCAUGUAGAUAUUUUAAAUUUAGUCAAAUUAUUCAAGUGUGCAAUUUUAAUCCAUUAAUCUGGUUUGAGGCUGCUUAAGAGAAAUAUUUCUCUCUGAAUGAGUUUUUUCUCUUAUACAAAAAGAGCAUGUUGAGAAGAGAAGCAUCUCAUCUAAAACAGUUAGCAUGGGGUUUUUUUGUUUUUUGAAGCAAAAGAUAAAGCAAGAGCUGACCUAAUACUCUGCCAUAAUUUAUUCUUAGUCAAAAACAGAUUACCAUUUACACUCUAGGUAUUAAAAGCUAGUUAUAGUGAUUAAAGGUUGUCUUUCUAAUGCUGUGUAUUAAGAUAUCCAAUACAAAAUUUAUUUUCAAGGUAU